UGGUUGCUGCGUGUUGGUCCCUUGAGACUAAUAGGAAGCUCUAUUCGCUUAGUUUUGCGUGAUGAAAUUGUUUUCUUUUCUUAGCAACCAAACAUGUGGACAAUCAAACUUCAAUAGCAAGCAGUUCAGAUAUCGUGAGGGAAGUGUGAAGUCGUUUAUCUUCGCAAAUAGAGUAAAGUUUUGCUGUUAAAAACCGUUUAAAAUAUCAAAGAUCUAUUACGACAUUAAUUGGGUUGUUGACAAUUGCACAAUAAUGGACGAAAAGUUGCUGUCUUUGGUUGUAAACGUAGCAAGCGAACGUAGAGAAGCUUGCGAAUGGCUCAGUCUAACAAGCCAAGUCGAGGAGCAAAAGUAUCGCCAGUUUAGUGCUGACCUCGAAAGAAGAMGACGACGAAAGUACAACACACACUUGGAAGAACAGAAGAAAGUCGAGAAAGAGCUCGACAAUUUACAGAAAGAYAGACAACGGUUUGAGAGAGAGAAGCAACUUCGACGAAGGAAAAGUUCAUCAGCUUKCAAGGCGAAGAAACAGUCAUCAAAAUCACAGGAAAAAGGCAAGAAAAAUGAUUUCCCACUUCACGGAGAGGCCCUCGGAGGAUCAGCUUCAAUCGCGUUUGAUCCCAAARUUGAGAGCGUUUCAAGACGUCGUCGAAGGAAGGCCAAAACAGACAAUAAGACAAAGAAAGAAAAAGCACGAUCGAUKAAUGAGCUUGAGGACGAAAGCUCGAUAAACUUCCCUUACUUGAGUGAAAAGGAAGUGAAAAAGUUUCACCAAAGCUGUAAGUCUGCUGGCCUGCGUGCCGAGUGUCGUCGGUGGGGCGCAGCGUGGCUGUACGCUAAAAAAGAACAAGAUUCGACACCGAACAAAGACGAAAGAUGGAACACGCUGCUUCUUAAUGCAGAGAAAGAGAAAAUGCRCUCUUUGCGCGAAAAAUGGAUGGUACUAAAAGAUAAACAACUUUUAAACAGCUGGAUUAACGAUAAAAUGCCAGCGUGUUCAACAGAAAAGUACUCAGAAAAGAAACGUUUAGAAACUGACCCGAAAAGCAAAGCAGAGAGAGAAAAUUCAAUUAUUUUCAAGGAGCACUGUGAAAACAUUAAGGCAUCCAAAAAUGUAUCUACGAUAAACAAACAAUCAAACAGCAAAGAAAAGAUUUUUACUUCUCCAUUUUCCAAGGYAAAGGAAGUCARCCCMGCGCCAUGGUCAAUAAAACUAAAUAAAAACUUUGCGUCUAUAGCAGAUAUGACUAAACGACAAGAACAGAAAGUUGAAGAGAAUUUAAAAAUUAAACGACACUUACCUGUAAGUGGAAGUUUGAUUGUAAUUCUACCGAUAUAACACGUGACUGAGAGAUUACAUGAGAUAUUACGUCACACAACUGCCGGUCACUAUUUAAAGGAAGGGUUGGUGUGACAACAAAUUGUACACCCCCUAUCUGAAUGUAAUUUUUAUCUUUUAUUGAUCUAUUGAAAAUGUCUGGGAGUGGAGGGAGGGCAUGUAAUCUCUCAGUCACGUGUUAUAUCGGUAGAAUUACAAUCAAACUUCCACUUACAGGUAAGUGUCGUUUAAUUUUUAAAUUCUACCUCACUAUCACG